CAAACCCAAGUGAAAAUAAAAAGCUUCCAAAAACCUGGAGCUGAUAGUGAUUCCAUAGUUCUCAAGAAGGGACCACAAACAUCCCGAAUUUAAUGGCCAUUCUCCAGAAGAGCCAACUGAGCCACAACCAAAUCCCCGUUCAUAUCCAGACGAUUAACAGUGUUUGGUGCCAAAAGAGGCCAAUUGAUGCCAUGCACCAGGAUGUCUGGCAAAAAAGCAUCGGAUCUGGAUCAGGAUCCGGGAACGAGGUCCAACUGGAAGCGAAGGAGAAGAAAGUGGCUCCAGCUGAGGAGGAGAGCCCAUCUCCCAGCAGGCGAAGGAGCAGGAGGAGGCGGCGAUGCAGCAGCAGUUCCACCAGUGACACCAGCGAAUCCUCAGAUUCUUCGGAAUCAUCAGAUUCCGGAUCCUCCUCCUCCAGCAGCAGUAGUAGUAGCCAAACACCCGCCCUCAACUUGCCAGUGCCACUCCCCCUGGCCGAGGUUAAUCCUCCCGCUUCACCCAACCUGCCUCCAACAUCCCGUAGGAACUCGCAGGACUCCAAUCGCUCCGUUUCGCCAGUGGAAGUGCCCGUGGAUCCGCAUGCCUGGUCCUCCGACGACAUCGCCAGCUGGGUGAGGUGGGCCACGCGCAAAUUCAAACUGGAUCCGGAGCCGGAUGUCGAGCGGUUUCCCAAGCACGCCCAGGAGCUGUGCGAUCUGACCCGCGCCGACUUCUGGGUCUGCGCAGGAUCCAGACGAGGCGGCAUGCUGAUGGCCCAGCACUUUGCGAUUAGUUUGUACCAAGCCACAGGACGCGAGACGAGUCCCAUGCUCAACGACAACGAACCAAAUCCGUAUCAGCUGCUGAACGCUGCCUCGCACCGAUUGGUCGCCCAGGGCUCCGGGGGCCAGAUUCAGCUGUGGCAAUUUCUGCUGGAGCUGCUCGCCGAUUCGUCCAACGCCGCCGCCAUCAGCUGGGAGGGCCAAUCGGGCGAGUUCCGGCUCAUCGACCCCGACGAGGUGGCCAGAAGGUGGGGCGAGCGGAAGGCCAAGCCCAACAUGAACUACGACAAGCUGAGCCGGGCCCUCAGGUACUACUACGACAAGAAUAUCAUGACCAAGGUGCACGGCAAGCGGUAUGCCUACAAGUUCGACUUCCACGGACUGAUGGCCGCCUGCCAGGCUCAGGCGCAGGGAGGGGAUCCGGCGGCCAGUAUGCUGGGUUCCUACAAUCACCACGGAGGUGGGGCUAUGCAGUUGGCCCGACAUCCACCGCCAGCACUGCACCACCACCCGCACCCGCACCACCAGCACUCGCAUCCGCACCACCAGCUGGCACAGCCGCACUUCCUGCAUCCGCACCACUCGUCGCCCGCCUCCACCAGCUCCAGCCUGGGAUUCCCCUCGUCCUCGACGGCCUCCUCGCAAGCUUCGCCCGGCCAGGUGGUGCCAGGUGUCGCCUCCUCCUCCGCCUCCACUUCGAAUUUCACUGCUCCAUUCCAAGGUGGGACAACAGCAGCCGCAGCAGGAGAUCCUUCCAGGACAUCCUCCUCAUCGGGAACGGGAAACUACGACCAGGACACUCCCACCACAAACAAUGCAUUUAAUUGAGCCCGCCAGCAACCCCAAUUUGUCGCCGGGGUUGUAAGUUCCGAUGGGUCAGGAUGUUGGGUUGAAGGAUGUGCAGGGACCACCCACUGCGCAAAGGGAGCGACGGCUAACCCAUCACCACCCAUCGAGGGUCAGAGUUCUGGCCGUAAAAAGGUCAUUUCGUAUAAUUCCAGCUACUUUGGGUUAAUUGAGCAAGAGGAAUUGUGAUAACCUAGAGCCAAGCAUCGCAUCGCAUCGCAGAGCAAUACUCGGAAACGAGAGCCAAUUUGUUACUUAGCCUGUUAUCCUUCGCUUCUAGUUGUAAGCAGACAUUCGGCAGAGGUCCUUUAUUCCAAGACGGGGUCUCAUCAUUAAAUAAUUCUAAGUUCGCACACGCAGUAAAAUACAUGAAGACGUAAAUGCAAAAUACCUGGGCUAAGAGCCGAUUUCUCAAUGUUACGUUAAGUGUUGUGUUGCAGUUAAAGUGCGGUUUAAAAAAUUUAAUAUAAUGACUCAAUAUUAUGUUACUAAAUGUUAAAUUGAGAAAGCGAAACUGUCGUUUCCAACAUUUUAACUUAACCCCAAGUUAACUUAACCUUAAGAUGACAUUCAGAUAUCGGCUCUUAAGUUUCGUUGUUUAGUUCUGAAACAUUAUAUAUAAUUUCGGGAUUAAUUUCGACCCUACUCAAAGUGGGGCUGCUUGGAGAUUGG